AUGUUUGCAUGUUUCAACUGUGGUGUUGAUUAUUUACUUUUUGAUCAUGCAAAAACAAGCGCAAAUCCAAUACGUAAACCAAUUCGUUUAUCACAACAACGUAUCGUAACACCACCACGAUCAUGUACAAUUCAAUUACAAAAAAUAUUUCUUUUAAAUAUCCAAAAAUCAUAUCAAACAGUAGCUGCUGUUACAAAUAAUACAUUAAAAAUUGUUGUUAAGGAUCGUAUGAAACAACCAAUUGCUGAUGAUAAAACACGUUGUGCUGUAUUUAUUUCAACU